AGUUAAUGGUCAAUGUAACAUGCAGGGCGUUAACGCGUGCAUGCCAAGUGGACAACCUUCAACGGACAACCAGUGCGAAAUGUUCAGAACUUUACAGACCUGCCUGGAACCAUUUAAAGCUGGCUGCGAAUCGGACUCCACCUUCCAAACAAUGAUGGCCGGAUUUGCCCAACUAGGCCCGCUAUGCGGCGGUUCGUCUGGUUCAUCUGGUGGCAAUGGACAAUGUGACAUGGCAGGAGUUGGUAAAUGUAUGGAGGGUGUUCAGUUACCUUCACCUGACACGAAAGAUCUGCAGACGGCAUGCGCAUCGUUUAAUGAGGUACUAACGUGUAUUAAGCGAUAUGAAAGUGAUUGUGCAUCACUACAGGCCUUCCAGCAAGUCAAAGGAGCUAUUGACGCUGUAGCACCAUUUUGUGCCGGUGGCGCUCCUUCAACAAUGCCUGCUCUAUGGACUCUGCUGUCUGCCGCUCUGGUCACUUUAGCCGCCAUUUUAUAAAACCAACCUACCUCUUGUAUUGUGGAUGAAUACAACAAUAUUAUCAACAGAUAAUUCAAUUUAUGCCGCUUUGAGAAAUUUGUAAAUUUUUACACCGUCGAAUAGCAAUGGAUUUUGAGCCAAUCAAAUUCUUUGUUUAGAUAGCGUCCUUUUUCCAAGCGUCCUUUUCCAAACUUUCCAAAGCCUGUUAUUGUGCUGUGAAAAUAAAACCCACCACCCACCCUUUAUCAAUACUGUUUCUUUUAUAUAGAGUUGCAUGAUGUUACUAUCAAAGUUGCAGGUUUUAUUUUGUUGGCGCAAUUUUUUUGACGCCUCCAAGGAUUAACUCAUUUAUGUAUAUAUUGUAUGCAUGUUCCAUGUACUCUAUAACUUGUAAUUGUACUUUCACUACAUGUAUUUUUCUAGUCAGUCUCAAAGGGGGAUCACACUUUACCUGACACCUAUGCACAUGUUUCAGCAGGUAUUGUUUAUUCAGGUGAUCCCCCUUAAUGGUUUGUUAUACUUUCUACUUAACAAUUUACCUUAUGUCAUUCAAUAAAUGACAUAUUCGACAAAACUGCA